AACGGAAACCCAAAUUUUGUCACUUUGCAUUUCUGCAGAACUAAGUUUUACAACGGAGUAACAAUCAGUUCCUCUUUCCAUGUCACAAAACUAAUCAUUAAUGGCACCUCAGAUGAAGAAAAAUAGUUUCAAAGAAGGGAGGAUAUAAUGGGGGAUGUUUGCUCCAUUGAGAGUAGUCAUGAUUGGGCUUACCUUGGAUGCACCACAUGCAAUGCCAAAUUGGUUCCUGAAGCUAUUAGGUUUAAAUGCAGUAAAUGCAAUAUGUCACUUUCAACUGGUGCCUACAGGAGAAGAGGAAGAGCAGGGUGACGACAGAGAAAUGGACGAAGAGUAUGAUGUGAUCGUACUCGGUACUGGUCUCAAGGAAUGCAUCCUCAGCGGCCUUCUCUCCGUCGAUGGCCUAAAGGUUCUACAUAUGGACAGAAAUGACUAUUAUGGAGGAGAAUCAACUUCGCUAAACCUUGUUCAGCUUUGGAAGAGAUUUAGAGGAAGUGACACGCCUCCUGCCACGUUGGGAUCUUUUAGGGACUACAAUGUUGACAUGAUUCCCAAGUUUAUUAUGGCAAAUGGUGUUCUUGUACGGGUUCUUAUUCAUACUGAUGUUACAAAAUAUCUUAGCUUCAAAGCAGUUGAUGGAAGCUUUGUCUAUAACAAGGGAAAGGUUCACAAGGUUCCAGCUACUGAUAUGGAGGCCCUAAAGUCUCCACUCAUGGGCUUGUUUGAGAAGCGUCGUGCAAGAAAGUUCUUUAUAUAUGUCCAGGAUUAUAAUGAGAGUGAUCCUAAAACACAUGAUGGGAUGGAUCUUACAAAGGUCACAAGUAAAGAGCUUAUUGGAAAAUUUGGCCUUGAUGCCAACACAGUGGACUUCAUUGGGCAUGCCUUGGCUCUACACAGAGAUGAUCACUACUUGAGCGAACCUGCACUAGAUACUGUGAAGAGAAUAAAGUUAUAUUCAGAGUCCCUUGCACGUUUUCAAGGUGGAUCGCCUUAUAUUUAUCCUUUGUAUGGUUUGGGAGAGUUACCCCAGGCAUUUGCCCGGCUAAGUGCUGUGUAUGGGGGUACCUAUAUGUUGAAUAAACCUGAAUGCAAGGUAGAGUUUGACGAGGAAGGCAAGGUAGUGGGUGUAACAUCAGAAGGAGAAACUGCCAAGUGCAAGAAAGUCGUAUGCGAUGCUUCAUAUUUGCCCGGAAAGGUUAGAAAGGUAGGCAAGGUUGCAAGAGCAAUUGCGAUAAUGAGCCAUCCAAUUCCAAAUACCAAUGAUUCACACUCAGUACAGAUUAUUUUGCCUCAGAAGCAGCUCGGUCGCAAAUCAGACAUGUAUUUAUUCUGCUGUUCCUACACCCACAAUGUUGCUCCAAAGGGCAAAUUUAUUGCAUUUGUCUCUACAGAAGCAGAAACUGAUAACCCCGAUACUGAAUUGAAGCCAGGAAUUGAUCUUCUUGGGCCUGUGGACGAGAUAUUUUUUGAGACUUAUGACAGAUUUGAACCAGUCAAUGAACCAUCUGCGGACAACUGUUUCAUUUCAACAAGCUACGAUGCUACGACACACUUUGAGUCAACAGUAGAUGAUGUGCUGAAGAUGUAUACCUUGAUAACUGGAAAGGCUCUUGACCUUAAUGUGGAUCUUAGUGCUGCCAGUGCUGCGGAAGAGUGAGCCACAACGUCGUUUCUUGUCUGAUCAACCGCCCUCCAUGUUUACCAGCCAGUAACAUUUUCUUUACCGGUUCGGUGUACGCAGUAUAACUUUUACCGCAAACUCUUCUUUUGUCUUUUAUGAUGUUAUGCAAUUCAACAGAGGAUUAUGUUUGUGAUGAUGGAUUUCCCAGGGGGCUAAUCUGGGAUUAAAAUCUAUCACACGUUGCAUGGAAAGCUUUUUGUAACACACCUCAAUAGUAGGAUCAAUAAGAAUGGUUCUGGUUU